CCUUCACCGUCAUGGCGAGAACGUUCUUUUUCGUUCUCGGCUCCCUCCUUCUGGGCAUCUUUGCCCUCAUCCCCGAUCAGGAUUGCCCGGUUGGAUUCUGUGAUCGCGUGUCCGAUUGUGCCCUGUUCGAAGGUGAUUGUCCCAACAACAAUCUCACAUUCAGUGUCGAGAAUGGAGGCAUUUGCGGCUGCUGCCGGGCCUGCGUCAGAUUUAUAGGACCAAAUGAAGCCUGCUCUAUUGAGGGCCAAAGAAGUCGUCUGGGGAUGGACGGAGUGGUCGACUCAGGUCAAUGCCUUCCUGGGUACGAGUGCAAGGAUGACAUUUGCGCCGAACCAAAUUCGCAGCAAGUACCGUGUCUAGUGAAGGCAUGGAAUGCCUUGCUCAAAGCUAAUGCUAACCCGAACAUCAGAACAUGGCUUCACAUCCCGAAGUGUGAAGUGCGUAGAAAGGAGGAGACGGGAGAGGAGACGACGAUGUUCGAAGGCUUCUAUUCACACAUCCAAUGUCAAGGAGGCAAAUCUGGGAGGUGUUAUUGCGCAAACCCUAUUGACGGUACGAAGCUGUUCGGCUAUGAGUUUCAACUUGAUGUCGAGGAAAAAAAGGAUAUGAAUUGCGCUUGCACCUUGGAGUGGUUUGAACGGAGGCAGAGACUUGAACACGUGACACUUCGUUCCGAGUUGAACGGGAACUACAAAUCCCUACAGUGCGACAAGGACAUCUGCUUCUGCGUCAACGGAACGACGACAGAAUUCAUCGGACCCUUCCUACCCAAGUCGCUGUGGACCAUGUUGCCGUGUUACGACCCCGAGGAGUUCCCAGACGAAAUGUACUACCCUUUCAAUUCCUGCGGUCACCACUACAACCUCUACAGAAUUUAUGCAGACGAGCUGGAGGCACAUGGAACCAUCGUAAGCUACGUAAACUAUCCCGACUGUGAUCCUGACGGCACCUACGCUCCCGCCCAAGUCGAUGUCGACAGGUGA